AUGUUGAGACUGAAGCUCUGUCCAUCUGCACAGACAGCACACACUCUCCUCUUUACACUGUUCGAGCUGGCUCGUAAUCCAUCAGUUCAAACUGCCCUCCGUGAUGAGGUGACUGCAGCUUACCGUGAGGCUCAGGGUGAUGUGUGUAAAUUAAUGAGCUCUGUUCCACUGCUCCGAGCUGCGAUCAAGGAAACCUUACGGCUGUACCCAAUAGGUGUCACUCUGCAACGGUAUCCAGUUCAGGACAUUGUCAUUCAGAAUUACCACAUUCCAGCUGGGACCAUGGUGAUGGCAGGACUUUACACCAUGGGCAGGAGUCCUGAGAUUUUUCCAGAGCCUGAGAGGUAUAACCCAGGCAGGUGGCUAACCACUGACAGAAACUAUUUCCAGGCUGUGAACUUUGGUUUUGGCAUGAGACAAUGCAUCGGACGCAGGGUUGCAGAGACGGAAAUUGGAAUCUUUCUGGUCCAC